ACCGGUGAUGCGUUCGAAAAAAAACUGAAGUGACACGUCCACCCACCCUGUCAAACACCUAAUAUUCCCGUGCUUCUGCAUGACAAUUUUUCAUGUUUUAACUAUUAAAAAUGCCGUUGCGUCUGGACAUCAAGCGGAAGCUCACGGCGCGCUCGGACCGCGUCAAGUGCGUGGACCAGCACCCGACGGAGCCGUGGCUCCUGUGCUCGCUCUACAGCGGCGACGUCAACAUAUGGAACUAUGAGACACACGCACAGAUCAAGAGGUUCGAGGUAUGCGACCUGCCCGUACGCACGGCGAAGUUCGUGCCGCGCAAGAACUGGGUGAUCACCGGCUCGGACGACAUGCAGAUCCGAGUCCUCAACUACAACACGCUCGAGCGGGUGCACUCGUUCGAGGCGCACUCCGACUACAUACGCUGCAUCGCCAUACAUCCCACUCAGCCGUACAUACUCACCUGCAGUGACGACCUGCUGAUCAAGCUGUGGAACUGGGACCGCAACUGGGCGUGUCAGCAAGUGUUCGAGGGGCACACGCACUACGUGAUGCAGAUCGUCAUCAACCCGAAAGACAACAACACCUUCGCCAGCGCCAGUUUAGAUACCACUGUCAAGGUGUGGCAGCUCGGCUCCUCGAUAUCGAACUUCACACUGGAAGGUCACGACAAGGGCGUGAACUGCGUCGACUACUAUCACGGCGGAGACAAGCCGUACCUCAUCAGUGGCGCGGACGACCGCCUCGUCAAGAUAUGGGACUACCAGAACAAGACCUGCGUGCAGACCCUUGAAGGUCAUAAUCAAAACGUGUCGGCGGUGUCGUUCCACCCCGAGCUCCCGAUCCUGCUGACCGGCUCCGAGGACGGCACCAUCAGGAUAUGGCACGCUGGCACUUAUCGGCUGGAGUUCUCGCUCAACUAUGGCUUCGAACGUGUUUGGACGAUAUCUUCGAUGCACGGCUCCAACAACGUGGCCAUUGGUUACGACGAGGGAACUAUAAUGAUAAAAGUGGGCCGCGAGGAGCCCGCGAUAUCAAUGGACGUCAACGGCGGCAAGAUCAUCUGGGCACGCCACUCGGAGAUGCAGCAGGUCAACCUCAAGGCGCUUCCAGAAGGUACAGAAAUUAAGGACGGAGAGCGCGUCCCAGUAGUGGCUAAGGACAUGGGCUCCUGCGAGAUCUACCCUCAGACGAUCGCUCACAACCCCAACGGCCGGUUCGUGGUGGUAUGCGGCGACGGCGAGUAUAUCAUAUACACUGCCAUGGCGCUCAGGAACAAGGCGUUCGGCACUGCGCAGGAGUUCGUCUGGGCGUUCGACAGCUCCGAGUACGCGACGCUCGAGAAUUCCAGUACGAUAAAGGUGUUCAAGAAUUUCAAAGAGAGGAAGAGUUUUAAGCCUGAAUAUGGUGCUGAAGGUAUCUUCGGCGGAGUGAUGCUGGGCGUCAAAUCCAUUAGCGGCAUGGCCUUCUCCUUCUACGAUUGGGAACAGCUAGAGCUUAUCAGAAGGAUCGAGAUCCAGCCGCGUCACGUGUUCUGGUCGGAGAGUGGCAACCUGGUGUGCCUCGCCACCGACGACACGUACUUCGUGCUGCGGUACAACGCGGCCGUGGCGACGCGCGCGCGCGAGUCCAACACGGGCAUCACAGAGGACGGCAUCGAGGACGCUUUCGAGGUUGUGGGCGAGGUGAACGAGACAGUGAAGACUGGGCUAUGGGUGGGCGACUGCUUUAUCUACACCAACUCGCUGAACAGGAUCAACUACUACGUGGGCGGCGAGAUCGUCACCAUCUCGCAUCUCGACCACACCAUGUACAUACUCGGAUACGUGGCCAAAGAGAACAGACUGUACUUAAAUGACAAGGAGUUGAAUGUGGUCUCCUACUCUGUGUUGCUGUCGGUACUCGAGUAUCAGACGGCUGUGAUGCGUGGCGACUUCGAGACUGCGGAUCGUGUGUUGCCGACCGUACCGCACGACCACAGAACCAGGGUUGCGCACUUCCUAGAAAAACAGGGCUUCAAGCAACAAGCCCUAGCCGUGUCGACGGAGCCGGAGCAUCAGUUCGAGCUGGCGCUGUCGCUGGGCGAGCUGCGGCGCGCGCAGCAGCUGGCGGCGGAGGCGGCGGCGGCGGAGGGGGCGGACGGGCCCGCCGGCGAGCUGUCGCGCUCGGCCGCCGCGCGCUGGUCCCGGCUCGGCGCCGCCGCCUCCGCCGCCGCCGACACCGCUCUCACCAAGAUAUGCUAUCAGAACGCGCGCGAUUACAGUGCACUGUUGCUGUUCGCUGUCAGUACUGGCGACAAAGCGUUGUUGGAGGAGGUGGCACGCAUGUCGGGCGAGCAGGGCGACGACAACGUUGCGUUCGUAGCGUACUUCACGCUCAACGACCUGGACGCGUGUCUGCGCCUUCUCAUAUCCAGGGGAAAACUGCCCGAAGCCGCUUUCUUUGCCAGAUCAUACAUUCCAUCGAAGAUGUGCGAGAUUGUGAAGCUGUGGCGCGAGGCGGUGGGCGCCACCAACAAGAAGUCCGGCCAGUCGCUUGCUGAUCCAGAGAAUUACGAGAACUUGUUCCCUGAGUUUGCGGAGUCGUUAGAGCUGGAACAGUUCCAGCGGAAGUUCGGGUUUGAAUACAGCACGCAGUUGCAACACCUCGAGGAGAACUCCAAGCGGUGCAACACCGAGCGCAGCCUCGAGGAGGAGCGUGCGCACGCGCUGCAGCUUGGCAAAUACGCGCCGCAACCACUUUCGAUACAGAGUGCACACGCGGCGCCAGAGAGCACGCUAGCGCUUCAGGAGAACGCCAAGCACAUACCUCCACCGGCGGCGACCCCGUCGGACCCCUCGCCAGACAAACUGAAGCGCAAGGAUUCGCUCGACAUCAUGGAGGAGAUCGAGCGUGAGAUCGACGACAUCGUGCUAGAUGCCAAUACUGACGGCGAGGUGAGUCCGGCCCAGUUUUGAUCCAGUUGGGGGCGGCACCCAAGCGUGGGGUGCCGCUUCGGGUCCGGCGGCCGGCUGCGACGUCGCUACCCGCUGCGCCCAGUGCGAGUGUGCCUGUCCGACGAGGAGUAGACGUGACCAUAGCCUGCGCACAUUUAUGGGUUGCCACACCGAUAACAACUUGCUUUUGUCGAAAUCUUCCUUUCAACAAUAGGAUUUAUUCAACAAAUAGUGCUGCAAAAUUAUAACAUUGUUUCCUGUAAAUAGUCCACAUUACAACCGUGAAAAUUUUAAAGUUGUUCUUUAAUGUCCGUAGUGUAAAUAUACGUAGUUGGUUCAUUGCACGAUCAUCAUCAUUGAAGGUUAACACACCCGUAGGAAAUAAUGAGACGAUGUAAACAGCUGGAAAAUCUGUCAUUGUUUUAUUUUGUGGGAUUCCGAGUUUCUAUGUAUGUUAGGGAUUCCAUUUAUAGGGGUUGGCAACCCUGCAUUUGCUGUCCAGGGGACAAAUUGUCCAAAAUCUGUCGAGCCUCUAAAGAUCUAUUCACAUACAUCCAUACCUCAUUUGUAAUUAAGAAAGAAAUAUAUAGAUUCAUACAUUUAAUAUAAACCCGUUCACACACAUCCGUACGGUCCCGCACGGCCUGGAGACGGCACGGAUGCGUGUCGAUAGAUCAUGAAGGCUUCCACUAACACAUAUAGCACUUAGGAGCUCGGUUUGAAAAAUAGACAUAACAUUAGUUUCCGUAUUGACGUGCGUGUCCAUCGAAGCGUCUCGGAGCGGAGCAGUCUCAGAAUGAUCUUAUUGGUUAAAAAUCCUUUCCGCUUCGCAUUGAUCGACCCGCACGCUCAAUGGGCUGUUCAUAAUAUGUUAGUUAAAACAUAUAGUACCACACUUUGUCUCCCGCAGAUCUUCACUUGCGAUAACUGUUACAUUAUUCUGCUAUAGUAUAUAAUAAAGAUUUAUUAGGUGAAUAAUAUACACGAUCAUGAAAGCUUGACUCAAUAUUGCAUGAUAUCCAUUGGUCACGUAUAACUGCUGUCGGCUGAUGAUCUUUUAAUUGCAACUUACGACAGGUGGGUUCCACACAGUUAAUUGUAAGUUUUAUGCAAAAUAUUUUCAUGAUCUAUUAGAACAGUUAUAAUAUGAGAAAACCAUUUCGCCUGGAGCGUCUGUGCUUCUUCUAACUUUCGAUCUGUGACCGAUUGAUCCGAGGGCGCGUGUCAGUCAAUGCGGAGUGGAGUGGAGACAUGCCUUAAUGCCGAAUUGCUUCAAGCCAACUUUAGUGUGGUGUAUUGCUUCGGCGGAGACUUGCAAUGGCGAUUGUUCAAUAAUUUUCUUGACUCCGCCCCGCUCUGCUGUGACAGACAGACGCUGUCGAGGAUGUGCUGGAUGUGUGUGGGUUUGGUGGAUUCGUCAAUUCCUGUCAGUGGUCACCACUUACAACUACAUCGCUAACAGUGUUAGUGUUGUAUGUAAUGUACAUAUUCCAUUCUAGUGUUAAUGAAAUAUUGACUUAUAUUUACACAUGUUCCGUGCCCUCAGUGUCAUGUAGCUAGUUCUAAAUGGUUGACGUCUUUGUGUUGUGCAUCUGUAGCUAACGAAAUUUGUAGUUAAAUCAAUUCAUAAUAAUUAUUAUUCGUUAAAUGACAAUAAUAUUCUAAGAUAAGUGUGUGUCGAGCGCAGUUGAGCGAGCUGGCUGGACUGAGUAGAGCUGUAAAUAUUAACCAAUAGAAUUACACAAACGUGCGUUAGUUUUUUGUGCGUUUCUAUUGGUUCGUAAGCAUUAGUUCGCGUCCGCUGCGCAUGCUCGUUCGGCAGUGAUCGACAUGCACGCUAAUGUGUAAUAAAUCCAUAUUUGUUAUGUACAUGAUGACACUAAGGGAUACAAAUAAUUAAAUAUCGAAACUAUUUUAAAUUGUUUAGGAUCACAUGACAGUAGUUGUAUAUUCGAUGCAUUUUAUUAAAUAAAAAUUUUUCUCUUUAAAUAAAUACAUAAGGGAAAUGAUGUAGAAAGGUAAUAAUCCAAUUUAGUAAUAUUAUUUAUAAGAGCUUGCCACACUAUAGUUAGUUUGUUCCCGCGUGGUCACCCGGCCCGCGUGGAUACAUUACAUGAGUAUAAUCCGGGCUAGAUACAGUGUGGCUGGCUGUUACUGAUUGAUGUCCCUCAGUAGACGUUCCCAUCCAUGAUCAUAGUCAUUCUCCCAAAAUUUUCAAAUGCUGAACGUUUAUUGAGUGAGUUGUCGAAAUAUACCGAAGACAUCCAUUGGCAUUAUAAAUUAUGACAUUGAAGGAUUUUAAAAAUAUUUGAUAGUCCAAAUUGUUAGUUUUAUUUACUAGUGUGUGGUAAUGAUUCCAAAUUUAAGUUUUUUCAUCGAACUUUUAAUUUAAGGGAUUUAUGCUAACACGUCACAGCGUGGCGCCGUUGUACCUAAUGUUUAUGCCAAUGUUGCACCGCUACGUCAUGUGUGCUCAUCCUUUAUAUUAAACGAUGUUUGGUGAAAUUUUA